AUGGCUUUUGACUGGCAACUGUACGAGGAUUUCUCUUGGAAGAUCUACAGCGGCUUGGCGGCUGUCGUCUGUCUCUGUGUCUAUGCGUUCCGUCGGUGGAAUGCCCCGACGUUCUAUCGGGGCACAGCGUCACUGACCGGCAAGACUGUGAUUGUGACGGGUUCCAACACUGGCAUAGGCUACGAGUCGGCGCUGAACUUCGCCCGGCGCGGCGGCCGGGUCAUUCUGGCCUGCCGCAACCGGGCCAAGGGCGAGGAGGCGGCCGCUAAGAUCAGGCAGCUCACGGGCAACGAGCAGGUGGUGUUCCGUCUGCUAGACAACGCCUGCCAGAAAUCCGUGCGAGAGUUCGCAAAGGUGAUACUCCGGGAAGAGGCGCGGCUCGAUAUACUGGUGCACAACGCCGGCGUGUCCCGUUGCCAUAGCAACGAGAAGACGGAAUCCGGGUACGACCUCCAGUUCGGCAUCAACCACCUCAACCCAUUCCUCUUGACCCAGCUCCUCUUGCCGCUGCUGCGGAAGACCGCGCCCAGCCGGGUCCUGGUGGUCUCCUCCGUCGCCCACAAGAUGGUCCAGAGGCUGUGCUACCUGAACACCAAGCAGGCCUGGGAGGAGACGAUCGCCUACAGCACCUGCAAGCUGUGCAACAUCCUCUUCGCUGCAGAGCUGGCCCGUCGGCUGAAGGGCACCGGCGUGACGGCUUACUCGCUCCACCCGGGCAUGGUCGACACGCGCAUCCUGCAUCCACGCUCCAGCAGGUUCCACGGAAGGCUGCUUCUCCUUUUUUGCCGAAACGUCUUGAGACCGUUCUGCAUUUCACUGGAGGCCAGCGUCCAGACGACUCUGUACUGUGCCCUGGAUCCGUCCGUUACGCAGCACUCGGGUCGCUAUUUUGCCGACUGUAGGCUGGCCAAGGAGAGCAAGCUGGCCCGGGAUGAGAAGAUCGCCUCGCAGCUGUGGGACCUAAGCUGCAAGCUGACGGGUACUGAGAACUACUGAUGUGCUGGUUGACGAGUGUGACUGGAAGUCAUUGGCAUCGUUGAUUUUGGAUCAAGGAAGGGCAUGCACUCUGCAGUUGAGAUUGAAAUGAAAAACAGAUGUCAUGUAGAAAUUUCAAUGUAGGCCUACAUUGUUGAACAUUUCACAGUUAUUUCUCCUGAUAAAAAUUGAGAGUGCACAGUUUCUUUCGUGCAUGCAGUAUUGGAUCUCUGUAGAUGGCAAGAAUGUAGAAUCUUCUAAUUGGUUGGGUCACGUGACCUCGCAUAUAUAUAUAUAUAUAUCCACAUUUUAGAGUACCCAUAAUUUCAUGAAUGCAUCAAAUUGAAGCCACAUUUACUUCCUGUCUCCGUUUCUCGUACAACUGUGAGAGUUCUAGUGCUGUAUCCAGAACACAACCCCGCUAAUGCCUAUAAUUUCGGAGGCGUUAGAGUGGUUGGAGUAUCUUUCAAGAAUUCGUUUGAGUUGGGUUCAACCUCGGUCCUUUACAUUUUAUACAUAUAUCCUCGGUUCUUUGAAAAUAUGCAGAGCAGCUGACAACCCACAGGUCAGGGUUACCUCAUAGAAGUUACUCGAACGCACCCAGUAAAAGUAACAGGAAACAUGCUUCUUUCUAGAAACGGCAAGAGAUUUCCUUAGCUGAACGGGGUCCAGUGUAUGUAAUUAAGCACAAUGAUCACACUCUUCGGAUUCGACUUAUCAGAAAGUCAACGCAACCUUUAUCGCAUAGUGUAAAGUUCCAGUCCAAUAUCACCGCACUGUAAUUACGCAAAUGGACAAUCUGAGUUGGGCAUGGCAGAUAACACAAUAGCACAGCAUGACUUCGAAACGACGACCUACCUAAGGCUGACUCUUUCUUUUGGAGGGGGAAGCAUCAACAUGCGGGCCAGUGUACCCAUCUAAUGUUGCAUCAACCAGUGUUAUUCGAGAAUUAAAGUUGGAAUACAUAUUUUCUUCAGGGACUUUUGAAGAAGAUAAGACAAGGCUCUUUCAUGACAGUUCUUAAACGAAGUCAUCAAAGAAAUUGAUCUUCAGAGGAAUAUUUAGAUAAUCUUUACUCUACCCCAAACCGUUUUGUAUAAGUGUACAUAAGAAAAAAUGGGUAUUUGAGAUAAAGGAAAAGCACUUUCCGUGGGUGAGAGUGUAAAUAAAUUUCAAAUCUGAGAUAAUUUCAGCAAA